AUGCUCUAUCACUUCGAGAAAGGUUGGAAGGUGGCACAGUCAUGGAGUGAUCUCAAUCGGCGAUGGAACAGUCAGCCAGAGCCGAAUAAGGAAUGGAAUCUGCUGCUACGGUCGCCCCAUUCACCAGCAGAAACUCCUAUGGAUUAUCACGUCAAUCGUCCGUUGAAAAUUUGGCCAACGAACAGAAUUUCCGAUGAAGUGGAUGGCUUGAUGGCCGAUGUCAAGGCGUGGAUCGCCUCCAAGAAUCAAAACUUCCUGCCUGUGGAACCAGACUGCCUAGCAAAUGGGAAAAGAAGUGCUUGA